ACUAAGCUGUUUUACAAAUCUAAUCCUGUACUUUCGAACAUUAUUUGUCACUUCUUAUCCAUUUUGGAUUUAGCGAGAAGGCUUAAUAAUAUCAACUAAAAUAACGACAAAAUGUCGUCGGAGGAAUUUGAGAAGCUUCAUGAGAUCUAUAAAUCCUUGUAUGAGGAACUAAAACUGAUGCCUGAACGAGUGUUGCGGUGUCACGGAGAGGAGAAGAAGAGGCUGGUGAGAGUCUUUGAUGAGAGAUUGGGGGAGGCAGAGGAAGUGCUGCAGGGCAUGGAGAAGGAGCUGAUGUACGCACCCUCCUCCUUCAGGAACCCCAUGUCCACGAAGGUGCGACUGUACCGCAGAGACCUUGGGAAGCUCCAGAGAGACAUAAGGAGCUCAGAACCAGGCCAGGGUUUCUCUGGCCACCCAGGAGACAGCAGGCAGGGACUGUAUGCCGCAGAUAAUGACCACAGUACAUAUAUGCAGUCCCAGCGUGCCUUGCUGAUCCAAGGAACAGAAUCCUUGAACAGUGCUUCGCAGAGUAUUGAGCGCAGCCAACGAAUCGCCGCAGAAACCGACCAGAUCGGUGCCGACAUUAUUGAGGAGCUCGGAGAACAGAGGGAACAGCUUGACCGCACACGAGACCGGCUAAUUAACACUGGUGAGAACCUCAGCCGAAGCAGGAAGAUUCUACGCGCUAUGUCACGAAGGCUGAUGACAAACAAACUACUGCUCUCUGUUAUCAUUCUCAUGGAACUGGCCAUCCUAGGAGCUGUGGUGUACCUCAAGUUCUUUCGUAAAUAAGGAACACGCGUCGUCAAAAGAGCAACACGGCCUACGUGUGUUUGGUCUCUCCUCCUCUCCCGUCUCCUCCACUUCUCACCUUUUUUUUUUUUUUUCUUUUUGGCAACAUCAUGAGGUGAUAUCCUCCAUCGUUCACCAAGCUUGACUUGAAACAACAGCAUGUUGCCACAAUAGACUUUUAUCUUCUUUCCACCUCUGUCACUCUUCCGCAACUCUUCCUCUGUGCGGGAGUCACGUUAGAGGUCAAGGAGCAGAGAGGGUCUUUUCCUACUCUGAGGAAAGUGGAGACGGUUCCAUGUACCCACCUCACAUGGAAGGAAAACAUUUAGAUACUGAUCUCAAUGGAUUUUCACUAUGCUCUUUGAUUUAGCUGUGGAAACUCAUGUGACUGAGCCAUGCUUGCCAUGGAGAGACAUGUGCAGUUUAUUUUAAACCCUUCCUCUGAUGCCUUAGACCACAGGAUGGAAGGCAAUUCAGAACUUGCUUCAGUGGUUCCUGAAGAGCACCACUUGUGAAGCUGGCCUCUUACAAGGAGCUGGACAGAGUCCUAGUGAAAUGUAUAUCUGAGUAUGAACUUGACUCAAGUGUUAAUCUUUUUAGCACUAAUCAACUACUUAGCUAGAGUUACAGUGUAACUGACCUUGUAAAGUAAUGUGAUUUUUUUUUUAAACUUCU